CCCUGAUCGGCUCGCUGCUGCUGGCCGCCGGCUACUUGGGGCUCUACAGCGCCGCCAGCGGGGGCCUCACUCCCGCGUUUGGGCUGGUGUGCUGCUUCGCCGUGCUGGCAGGCAACUCCAGCACCUGGUUCGACACCACCUGUAUCGUCACCAAUGUCCGCAACUUCCCGCGCGACCGAGGCACCGUGGUGGGCAUCCUCAAGGCCUUCGUGGGCCUCUCCGCCUCCAUCUUCUCCGCCGUCUACGCAGCCGCCUUCGCACCCGCGGGGCCGCAGGGCGCGGUGCGCUUCCUGGCCUUCCUGGGGUGCGUGCCGCCGCUGCUGACGGCCGGCCUGACCGCCGCAAUCAACUUGGUUCCGGAGGCGUACCAUGAGCCGCAACCCCCGCAGCAGCAGCAGCAGCAGCAGGCUGAGGAGGAGGAGAAGCGGAAGAAGGAGCAGCAGCAGCAGAAAGAGGGAAAACAUCACCACCACCAUCAUCAUCAACACCACCACCACAGGCAUCAUCAUGACGGCCACCACCACCACCACCAGCAGCAGCAGCCUCAGCAAUCGCAGCAACAGGCAAUAAUCCCAAGCUCUGCCUCCGCCUCUUCCUCCUUCUCCCACCCUUCCUCCUCCCUUUCCUUCUCCCACCCCACCUCACCUCACUCUCCCUACCCGCCACCCUCCUCCUCCUCCAUGCCUCCUCCACCCUCUACCACCACCACCACCACCACC